GAAAAAGAAAAAGAAAACCCUGUUAUAUCUUCAUCUAAACUUCCGUAGUUCUUCCCUUCUGUUACCAGCCCAAAUUUUAAAUAAAAGGUCAUGGUGACAUUUUUUACCAUGGCUUUCCAUUGCCUGCUUCUCGCCGGAGUUAUAUUUUGCGCAUUCUUGGCUACGAGUAUUGCAGAUUUUCCUAAAUUUGAUCAUUCGGUGAAAGACGAUGGAUCACUUAGUAUUUUAGUGAUUGGAGAUUGGGGCAGGAAAGGCUGUUAUAAUCAAUCUCACGUUGCUAUUCAGAUGGGAAGGAUUGGAGAAAAACUAAAUAUAGAUUUCGUAAUUUCAACCGGAGAUAAUUUCUAUGAUAAUGGUUUAAAGGGUAUUAAUGAUCCUGCUUUCGAAGAGUCAUUUACAAAUAUUUAUACCGCAAGAAGCCUUCAAAAGCAAUGGUAUAGUGUUUUGGGAAAUCACGAUUAUCGGGGUGAUGCAGUCGCACAAUUAAGUCCAGUUUUAAGAGAUAUAGAUCAACGCUGGCUUUGCCGAAGAUCUUUUCUACUUGAUGCAGAAACGGCGGAGUUCUUUUUUGUGGAUACAACUCCAUUUGUAGAUAGUUACUUCACCGAACCAGAGCAUAAGUAUGAUUGGCGAGAUGUGUUGCCGAGGAAUACUUACAUUAGUAGCAUUCUCAAGGAUUUGGAGACAUCAUUAAGGGAGUCGACUGCAACAUGGAAAAUCGUCGUUGGUCACCAUGCCAUUAGAAGUUUUGGGCAUCAUGGCGACACUCAAGAACUUCUUAAGAAAAUGCUUCCAAUUCUUAAGAUCCAUAAUGUUGACUUCUACAUGAAUGGUCAUGACCAUUGCCUAGAACACAUAUCAAGCCUUGAUAGCCCAAUCCAGUAUUUAACAAGUGGAGCAGGAUCAAAGGCAUGGAGGGGUGACAUCAAAGGUGACAAGAAUGAUGCUGUGAAGUUCUACUAUGAUGGACAAGGCUUCAUGUCCAUAGAAAUUGCACAAACAAACGCUGAGAUUGUUUUCUAUGAUGUUUUUGGAGAGAGCUUACACAGAUUGAAAGUCUCCAAGGACCUUUAUUCCUCAAUUUAAACAUCCAAAGGCAAAAAAGGUAAAAAAGGUAAAAAAAAAAAAAAAACCCGGAGAUCAGAACAUUAUUUAGUCUAUAAGUUAUUUUAGAAGUUGGAGACUUAAUGUAUAGAUGGAAAGGAUGUUUCUUCUUUGGUCUACAACUAAAUCAAAAUUUUGUUAACCCUUUAUCCUUUAUGUAAAAGGAAAAGAAAAAAAUUAUGCUGCAAUCUUACCUCUGUAAUAACCCAUCUAACAUGGU